CAUGGCGGCAGAGAAUGGGUUUCUUACUCAGUUCGUCAACGAGACAACGUUUUACAACCGGAUCGUCCUGAGUCACCUCUUGCCGGCGAAUCUAUGGGAGCCUUUACCACGUUUCCUCCAAACAUGGCUCCGGAGCUACCUCACCGGAAGCUUAUUUUACUUCAUCUCCGGCUUCCUCUGGUGCCUCUACAUCUAUUACCUUAAACGCAAUGUUUACAUCCCCCAAGAGUCUAUUCCUACAAGAAACGCAAUGAUUCAGCAAAUACAUGUGGCAAUGAAGGGUAUGCCUUGGUACUCACUUUUCCCAACUGUCUCUGAGUAUAUGAUCGAGCGUGGUUGGACCAAAUGCUACUCUACACUUGACCAGUUCAACUGGUUCAUCUGUUUUGUUUACAUCGUCUUCUAUCUUGUUAUAGUUGAGUUUGCCAUUUAUUGGGUUCACAAAGGUCUUCAUGACAUUAAAUUUCUCUAUAAGAAUCUCCAUGCCACCCACCAUACGUACAACAAACAUAACACACUCUCUCCAUUUGCUGGGUUCGCGCUCCAUCCAUUGGACGGGAUACUUCAGGUUGCACCGCACGCGAUAGCUCUGUUUAUAGUGCCGGUUCAUCUCAAAACGCAUCUGAGUCUUUUGUUUUUAGGAGGGAUAUGGACAACGAACAUCCAUGACUGCAUCGACAGUAGCAUUUGGCCUUUAAUGGGUGCUGGGUACCAUACGAUACACCAUACUACAUACAAGCAUAACUAUGGUCAAUAUACCAUUUGGAUGGAUUGGAUGUUUGGCACCCUUGAGGUUCCUGUAGCUGAAGAUGACGGCUUGGAUCAGAAAACUAAGUGAGAUCAAUAUGUUCAACGUUCACAGUUGUUUUCCCUUUCAUGCAUGUGUUACGUUGUUCUUCUCGUGAGUCUUAAAGUUUUGUAUAAUCAGUUUGUUGGAAUAAGAAACAUAUGACUUGCACAAUUUGCUGCAGAGUUUCUGACUUUCAUUUUAAUAUUUAAUGCUAAAAUGGUGGGUAUCAGUCUCUUUCAAUGAUAUUAUAUAGU